AUGUCCUCCACGAUGCCGCCUCCACCGCCAAGACGAUCGGCUCGUCUCUCGAUCAAGUCCGAACCCACCGAGGAUGAACACCAUAAAGCGGAAGAAGAAUCAAAGCCUCCUCCAGCAAAGAAAGCUAAGGGCCGACCUCCCAAAUCAGCUGCAUCAAUUUCGACCAAAAGGAAAGCAGUCAAGAUCGAACAAGACGCUACCGAUGCUGCUACAUCGAAUCAAGUGGAUGUCAAACCCACCCAAGAAGAUCUCUCAGCUCCUGUACCCAAGAAAGAAGGUGGGAAGAGAAAAGGUUCUUUCUCGAGCACCACCGUCAAAACUGAGCCUGCCAAUCCGGAAGCGGAAGAGGGUCCUAGUCAACCUGUUGUCGAAGCUGGACCCAGCCAGUUCAAAGUGAAAGCGGAGAAAACCAAAUCACCUGCCAAAGCUAAAGAGAAGAAAGUGAAGACGGAGAAAGUUGUUGAUCCUAAGAAGGCUAGGAUGGCAAGAUUGAGAGAAAAAUGUCCCAAGAAUAUUGUUGAUCGAUAUAAAAGAGCUAUAUCACAAAGAAUGUUCAUGAUCGAACGCGAAAGAGUUGGCGAGGGUAAUUUCCAAUACGAGCAAUUCAAAGUGCUCGGAUCCACUGGCAACGUCUAUACAGUUAACAUUGGUACUAUACCUCGAUGUGACUGCCCGGAUAAUCUCAAGGGUAAUAAGCCCUGUAAACAUAUUAUCUUCGUUUUUAUCAAAGUGCUGAAAGUACCGGACGACUCGUCAAUUUGGUUCCAAAUGUCAUUAACCCCUGAAGAAGUAGACCAUGUCUUCAAUACGUCGCCUCCGACACCUAACGGAUCAGUCACGGUCAAUGUUAAGGUGCAUAAAGCGUAUCUUCACGCUACAGGAAGAGGAGGCGAGGAUGAAGAAGUGGUUACGGCGAUUGACAAAGAGAUCAAGGAUGGUUCGGAUGGAAAGAAGAUGGAUGCUGUUGGCGAAGACUGUCCAGUAUGUUACGAGGAGAUGACGCAAGAGGAUGUCGACGGGAAGAAAUUGAUGUAA